AUGUGGACCCUCAAAGCGUCUUUGUCUGUGCUCUUCUUACUGGUGUCUCUGGACGACACUGGCACAGCUAGAGCCGAUAAUCCCAUAGUACAGACUAUAUACACUGCAGACCCAGCACCAAUUGUAUAUAACAAUCGCCUCUACUGCUUCACCGAUCAUGACCUGCCAAGCUCGACGUUCUUCAACAUGACAGACUGGCGACUGUUUUCGACUGCUGAUAUGGCGAACUGGCUGGACCACGGCACAGUUAUGAGCCUCAAAACCUUUAGUUGGGCUAGUGCUAAUGCCUGGGCCGGCCAAGUUGUCAGCCGAAAUAAUAAGUUCUACUACUAUGCCCCAAUGGUCCACGGCGCUACAGGAGCUAUGGCUAUCGGUGUUGGCGUAAGCGACACAAUUACUGGUCCUUAUGUCGACGCGCUUGGUCAUCCCCUGGUAGAAAACAACGAAAUUGACCCUACAGUCCUUAUCGACGAUGAUGGUCAGGCUUACCUUUACUGGGCCAACCCAGAUCUAUGGUAUGUAAAGCUGAAUCAAGAUAUGAUUUCAUAUAGCGGCAGUCCCGCAAUGAUCCAGCUUACUGUCGCUGGCUUUGGAGCUCGUUCAGGGAGUGAGAAUCGCACAACCUCGUUUGAGGAGGGUCCCUGGGUCUACAAGCGAAACGGCCUUUACUAUAAUGUUUUUGCUGCGGACUGCUGCUCCGAGGACAUCCGCUAUUCAACAAGUCCAGGUCCCCUAGGCCCGUGGACAUACAGAGGCGUUGUAAUGCCGACUCAGGGUUCAAGCUUCACAAACCACCCAGGUGUUAUUGACUAUAAGGGAAAUUCGUAUUUCUUUUAUCAUAACGGUGCCUUACCCGGAGGUGGUGGCUAUGACAGGUCCGUGGCUGUUGAGCGAUUUGUGUAUAAUGCGGACGGCUCUAUCCCCCAGAUGAACAUGACAACUACCGGCGCUCCGAGAAUAGACACGCUGAAUCCCUAUCAACGUCAAGAGGCGGAGUUGAUCGCUGGGUCAUCUGGUGUUUCCACUGAAGUUUGCAGCGAGGGAGGUCUGGACGUCUGCAACAUUAACAAUGGGGACUACAUUAAAGUCGAAGGCGUCAACUUUGCCAAUGGUGCCAAGUCUUUCUCCGCUCGUGUCGCUUCUGCAACCACCGGUGGCAACAUUGAGCUGCAUUUGGACAGCUUGCAUGGAGCCCUAAUCGGUACAUGUGCCGUUCGCAGUACCGGUGGCUGGCAAACAUGGACUACGGUCACUUGCUCCGUAAGCAAUGCGACAGGAGUUCGGGACUUAUUCUUUGCUUAUACUGGCAGUGGCACUGGUUUUCUUUUUAACGUUAAUUGGUGGGAAUUUAAUAAGCUUUAG